ACACAUCAGCAUAACAAAUGGGGAUCAUCAAAAAAACCAGUCAUCAAACAGACCCAUAAACGCCACCGACGUCUUCCCCUGUUCUUCGUCCAAACACGACCUUUUAAAUACCAAAAUAAACCAUCAUCGAAAAAACAAACAACAACAGGCAUGAAAACCUAGAAAUUCUACCCUUCAUCUCUGUUUUUCGGUUUAAUUUUUUAGCUAGAAUUGUGGGUUUGAAUUCGAAAUUAACCAUGUCGAAUUCAGCCACAGAUUUGGGUUAAUUCGUUGGGGUUUCGCUUUUUUUUUUUUUUUUUUUUUGUCGAGGUCGUCGGAUUCCGGUCAGGCAUUGUUUCGGCCCUAUUAGUAGAUGCAAAGUUGAUUCAAUUUGAGGUCUAAUUCUUAUUCAGAGGGACGCUUUGGCCCUUCUGAAAUCUUGUGAUGCUGGAAGAUAAAGGUUGGGAAGAUCCUCGUUCCGUUAAUAGCCCUAGAAGGAUCUUGAGUUUUUCCAAAAAUAGGAAAGCCACUGUGUUCUUUCCAGAUUCAGAUGAUAGAGGCUCUGGAUUUGGUGUUUCUGGAGACCAGGGACCCAAGACUUCUGAAGUUUAUGGAUUUGUUGGCUCCAUUACUACUGUUGUUGCUACAGUUAUUUUUCUGGUGUGGGCGUAUCUUCCCGAACAUUGGUUGCAUUCUUUGGGAAUUGUUUACUAUCCAAGCAGGUACUGGGCAUUAGCUGUGCCAGCUUAUGCGAUGAUGACUAUAGUACUAGCUGUAGGAUUUUACAUUGGUCUCAACUUUUUGGCUACCCCUCCUCCAACUUCUUUCAGCAUGAUAUAUGAUGAAUUCACGAGAGAACCUUUACGCAAUGGGCCUUCAGUGGACAAUGAUGAGCAACCUAUAGAGCCUAUAUCUGAUAUUCGGAUUGAUCAAAUUAAUGACCUCAUGUUCAAUCCAAGAUGAGAAACAAUUAUCAGUUUCAUUUCCUUCAUUUAUCAGUUUCUCUUUGAUUCACCCAAUUUAGGUACUUGGACAUUAAAAGUAAUAUAGAUGUGGCUUCUUCUAUACCUUUUUGACAUCCAUGUAUCGAGGCUUAGAGGUACUCAUUUGCUUCCAUCUGUGUAAUACCAAAAAACAGAUACAAUGGAAAGCAAGGUAGAUUACUGUUGGGGGAAGAAGAUCAAUUGACUAGACACCUCCUACCCCCCUGCUUCUUUUGUACUAAACAUGCUGCGAGUCAGUUUUCCUGUAUCCAUUGUAAUGAUGGCAAGAGUUCAAUUAAAUAUGGAAAAAAAAAUAGCCUGUA